AGCAUUGAAGCAUGAUGUAGAUUGGAAAACAAGGGUUUUAAGCCAUAAAACCUUAAUGUUCCAGCGAUAUAAGUGUUCAUUUACCCUAGGUGUUCUACUCGUACUACUAGAGAAAGUGAGUGAGAAAGUACGUGUAAAGAGUUUAUGUACAAUUAUUUGACAUUACGCUGUGCUUUUGUUUUAUUUCUCGGUCUGAGCACUGUAUGUCGUAUAAUUAACUCAGAAAGGGUUGAUAAAAGCUGACAGUGGAACUGGGAUUUGAUCUGCUUCAAACCACACGUUUGAACGGUGGAGGAUUGCAUUUUAUAGUCUUUGUUUAUCUGGGAACGUGAUGGAUGGAGAUCAACACCAGUGCUGUGAGCUCAACAGGUCCUCUGGCAAUGUUGGAUGACCAAUUCAACACAUCACCAUUUAGCUCUGUGAGUGCUGUAAGCUCAUCAGGUCCUCAGGCAACGCUGAAAUUCAAGUUCACGGACGGAGACAGAUCAACACACACAAACACUGUAAUCUGAUCGCAUAAGGAGUCUGAGGAUACAUAUUCAGAUCCACCUCCGUUCCUGAUUGGUGUCAGACUCCACUGCUAUGUAUCUCUGAGUGAUGAUGACUAAACGCAGCUGGUGCCAGCCAGACAUCACUUCAGUCUUUUAAUAUGGACUUCAGGGGAUGAACUGAUGCCAACUCCAACCAUAAGACAGGGGAUACUUCAUAUGCCACUGCCUGAACCUUGGACUUAGGAUAUACCUCACCGAAAUGACCUGCUGGUUAAACUGCGAUGCACCUCACUGAUCUCUGCCUGCAUCAUCUUGGUCUAAUGAUGGACUACACUCUUAAAAUGGAAUACAUAUACAUUGAAUUAUUUGCCAACAAAAGUCUUCAUCGGCCAACUAACAAAGGACAGUGCAUCAAUCUGAACUUCUGCAGUUAAUCCAGGCUGAAUUUCAAAGACAUUAGUCACUGAUCUCACAGUUCAUACAAAAUCUUUGUAUAAACACUGGCCCUAAACACUGGCCCUGUUCUAAUUUUAAACCAUGAACUGCACUGCACAAAAAUAAUAUACUGGCAUUAUAUUCAUGCUGGUUAGCCAGAGGGGAACUGGCCCCCACAGUGAGCCUGGUUUAUCCCAAGGUUAUUUUUCUCCAUUAACCAACAUCUUAUGUAGUUUUGUGUUUCUUGCCACAGUCGCCUUCGGCUUGCUCACUGGAGUUCUAAAUACAAUCAGGUUUGGGGAGGAAUGAAAUACAUGUAACGGGAUUACGUAUUUAAAAUACAAAAUAUAAGUAACUGUAUUCCACUACAGUUACAAUUUAAAUCAUUGGUAUUUAGAAUACAGUUACAUUCAAAAAGUAUUUUGAUUACUGAAGAGAUUACUUUGCAUUUUAUUGUCAUUUUUUUCAUUUAAUAUUUAAUCCUUUCAGAUGGAAAACAUUUAUACAUAGAAAUGAUGCGAUCCAAAGUGCAUUUGAACCGCAGUGAAACACUUUCUUAUGAUGUGUUACAUUUAUACGAGCAGACAAAGAAGUAAGUUUGAAGUAAGUUUGGAGCAGAAGAAAUAGAAAUAAACCUUGUGUAAAUUGUCAGCUUUACACUAAGCUAAAAUGCUAUUUCUAGCCAUUUUACAUGCACAUGUUACCAGGCACGAUCAUAUUUUUUUUUAAUCAAGAAAAUUCACAUUGGAUCAUAAUUUCUUUUUUCUAGUAAGACCUUUGAUAUUAGGGCAAAAAUCAAAAAUAAUUUUUGUAUUGUUUUCCUGUAAAAAUAUCGAAAAAUCCUUAAAACAAGAUCAAUUAGAAUCAUCUUGUUUUAGAAACAACACUGCAUAAGAUAUUUAGGUUUUUCAGAGAAUGUAUUUUUAACGUGUAUUUUGUCUUACUGUACUGGCAGAGUUUUUAUAGUCAAAACAAGUGAAAAAAUCUACCACUGCUGAAGAAGUAAUGUAAAGUAUUUAGAAUAUGUUACUGAAUUUAAGUAAUCUAACGGAAUAUGUUACAAAUUACAUUUUACAGCAUGUAUUCUGUAAUCUGUAGUGGAAUACAUUUCAAAAGUAACCCUCCCAACCCUGAUUACAAUUAUGAUUCAAUUAUUUAAUUAUUUACAUUUACACACAAUUUACAAUCAUAUUUAAUCAAACUUUCUUGAUGAAAAAAAGGGAAAAGCUGGUGUUGAAAUAUGUGAUUUGUUUUUUUUUUUUUUUUCAGAUGUUGAAAAAUGUGUUUCUUCAGAGCUGUAGGCUACGAGAAUGAGUAGCUAUGAAGACCUCUCACAACAGAAAAGAUUUUGGCUAAAAAACAAUAUUACUACAAUUAGACAUGGAAAGAAGAACAGAGGAAAAAGACUAGCAAGGGGAAAAACAUAAACAUUGUUAUGGAUGAUAAAUUGUGCUAACAUGGCAACCUCCACCACCCCACCAUCACCAGUUGAGUCCCGUCCUGCACUGGGUAGGCUCCUCGCCCCUGCCUCCUAUCUCUGGUAGGAUAUGACGGUUCCGAGAACAACAUCUUCAGACCGCCAGACGGGGCUUACGCCAAAGAGAGACAUUAAAUUUCUGUUUUAUAUUCAUCACAUAAAUAUCAUCUUAAAUUUCACUCAAGUCUGCGAGUUUUCUUGAUUGUUUACUCUUUCUCUCACUUUUUUUUAUUUUAUGGAGAUCUUGUGGGUGGGAUCUCUUAAUGAAAACUGGAUGAGGGAGAGAAGAAAGACGGGUUAUUAUCUGAAAUUAUACAUUUGAAAGAUUUGGGUGUUGUCUUUCUGCAAGAGAUUCAUAGUGACUCUAGUAAUUAAGUUGACUGGGGUUUGUGGUGGGAAGGAUAGAAAGUUCUCAUUUAUGGAACUAAUUUAAGUGCUGGUGUAGCAGUGCUGUUCUCCCCUUCUGUUAAAGUACAAAUUUUACUGACAAAUGAAGUAGUACCUUGAAGAAUGCUGAUAGCAAGGGCUGAAAUCAGUCAUUUUUAAUUCUUGUUUGUAAACAUUUAUGCCCCUAACUUGGGAACUGAAAGAACAGAGCUGUUUUAUAAAUUAAAGAACAUAGUAAAACAGCAAUAUGUUGAUGAUUUUAUUGUGUUUGAGGGAUAUUGGAACUGCACUGUAGAUUUCACAUUAUCGUUGAUUGUGGCUGCUGUAGCUGGCAUCUCAUGACUGUUUUUCAUCUAUAUCUCGCAUAUGAACAUGUCUUGGAUUUCAUCUAUUAAAGCGUUUUUUAUCUUCCUCGCACUCGUCCUUGGCAUUCAUGCCAUGGAAAUCCAACUACUGACAUCACCACUUAGAGUCUUAAACUGCCAUCCGCGUUUAGACUCUGAGACAUGUGAACACUGUCGUGAACUCGGAUUCCUCCGGCAGCCGCGGUAUAUACAUCGCUCACCACGGAAUCUUCAGUCUGUCUACUGCUCAUCUCCCACAGCAAUUCCAUCUAUCUGGACAAAAAGGCGGUGCUGUAAAACUGUUGUUGCAUCAGCAAGAUGCUCAAACUCAUGCUCACUGAGGCAUUUAACUAAAGAUGAUCACGACUCCACAUCAAUACACUUCGGAUUUGUUCGUCAGGAUUUGGCACUAUUGAACUGUCACUCUCUAACUGACAAAGCAUCAAUUCUCAAUGAACUCAUCACUGAUAUAAAACUGGACAUGCUACUGCUAACUGAAACCUGGCAAAUACCUAAUGACUUUUUACAACUGAAUUUGCUUACUCCACACGGAUACAAAUAUUUGUCUAAACCCCGACCUCACGGAAAGGGGGGCGGACAAGCUGUUGUUUGUCAAGAUGGCAUGAGAGCGGUUUUGACUGAAUUUCAUAAUGUCACGUCUUUGGAAUAUCUGGCUCUCAAGAUUGUUGGUGAAACUCCUCUCAUUGUGUUAUUGAUUUACCGACCUCCAAAGUAUCAGCCUCACUUUUUCUCUGAACUUAGUGAAAUACUCACUCUUGCCUGUGCUAUGUCUCCCCAUGUUAUACUGCUUGGUGAUUUCAAUAUCCAUGUUGAUACUGACUGUUCAAAUACAACUGAACUCAUGAAUGUUCUUGAAUGCUUCAAUUUAACAAAGUAUAUGAAUUUUUCUACCCAUACCCAUGGUCAUAUACUUGACUUAGUUUGUACAUCAGGUCUUAAUAAUGUUUUUACAACUGGUACACAAGUCGACCAGUCGACCCCUCAUCAUUCUCCACCUCUGUCUGUGCACCCUUACUUUCUGACUCUUUGAGACUUUCCUGUCCUUCAAACAUCCUCUCAAAUUAUAAUUCAGCUAUCUCAGCUGCUCUUGAAGAGCAUGCCCCCAUCAAGACAAAGCUGGUGCCCUCCUCUCGCUCAUCGCUUUGGUUUACUCCUGAACUGCAGGCAAUGUGGAGAGUGGGUCGUCGUCUUGAACAACUCUGUAGAAAAACAGGCCUCACUGUUCAUUCCUUAGCUCUUACAGAACAUCAGCUGAAGUACAGAGCAGCACUCAACACUGCACGUUCAAUGUACUUUUCCUCUAUCAUCCAAAAAGCAAGUUGUAGACCUAGAGCCCUCUUUGCUAUGGUGAACAAACUAAUUCACCCACCGGCUCAGGACUCACACAGCUCUGAUAAUCUUUGUGACUCAUUUCUACACUUCUUUCAAGAUAAAAUUGUUUCCAUUUACCAAACAUUAACAUCAACCAUUUCUGAAGAUCCUCCUCACGAAUGUCUGUCUGAACACCCUGUCCACCCUUUCUCCUCCUUCACUCCCACAAGCCCAUCAUCAGUCAGUGAUUUAAUUUUACAUUCUAACUCAUCAUCCUGUCAGUUGGACCCUGCCCCAACCUCCCUUCUUAAACACUGUGAGUCAGUCAUUUUGGCACCUAUUUCGCAUAUGAUAAACACAUCUCUUGCAUCUGCCAUUGUUCCAACUGAUCUUAAAAUUGCCGCUGUUACGCCAGUCCUUAAAGGUUCCAACUUAGAUCCAUCUUCCCUCUGCAACUAUUGUCCUAUUUCUAACCUGCCUUUUAUAUCUAAACAUCUGGAAAAAGUUGUAGCCUCCCAGUUACAAUCACAUCUUGCAGCUAAUAAUCUCUAUGACCCUUUCAAAUCUGGUUUCCGCCUAUUCCACAGCAAUGAAACUGCUCUCGUGAAGGUUAUUAAUGAUCUCCUCCUCUCUGCUGACUCUGGAUUUCUCAGUAUUCUGAUCUUGCUUGACCUGAGCUCUGCUUUUGACACUGUAUGCCACAAAAAAUUCCUUUCCUGACUUUAAGAUAUUGGUAUAACUGGCACUGCUCUAUCCUGGUCUUCUUCCUACCUCACUAACAGACAGUAUUUCAUCUCUAUUAAGAAAAACAAAUCCCCUACUGCUCCUCUCACUCAGGGUAUCCCCCAGGGUUCUGUACUAGGUCCACUACUGUUCAUAAAUUACGUUCUCCUGCUAGGUCAGAUCAUCUGUUGUCAUGGUCUCAGUUUUCACUGCUAUGCUGAUGACACCCAUAUUUAUACAUCUGCAUGUUUUGAUGAAACACAUGCCAUCAGCUCAUUAACUGCCUGUAUCAGUGAUGUAAAAAUUUGGUUAAACAGUAAUUAACUCAAAUUCAAUGCUGACAAAACUGAGAUCAUGAUUUCUGGGCCACAAACACUUAUAAGAAAUAUUGACAUUUGUGUCAAUAUUGAUGGAAAUCUGACCAAACCCUCUAAAACCAUUAAGAAUCUGGGAAUCACUUUUGAUCCAUCUCCAAGCCCACAUUAGAACCAUCACUAAAACUGCUUUCUUCCAUCUAUUUCACAUUGCACGACUUCGCCCCAUUCUCAGUUUGAAGGAUGCAGAAUCACUAGUUCAUGCUUUCAUAUCAUCACGUCUCGACUACAGUAACUGCCUCUUUACUGGCCUACCAGCUAAAACUUUUGCCCGAUUACAAUUCAUCCAAAACUAUGCAGCUAGUGUUCUCACUAACACCAAGCAUUCUGCACACAUUACUCCCGUCUUGUUUAGUCUUCACUGGCUGCCUAUCUCAGGCAGUAUUAGGUUUAAAAUUCUUCUCCUGACAUACAAAGCUCUCAAUGAUCUGGCACCUCGUUAUAUAUGUGAUCUGCUGCAGCCAUACACACCAGCACGCACUCUUCGUUCUUCUGAUUCCAAAUUGUUGUCUGUCCCUAGAUUUCAUCUAUCCACUUUCGUGGGACAUCCUUCAGUGUAGUUGCACCUAAACUGUGGAACUCACUACCUUAGAGCCUCUGUGACAUCUCCUCUUUUUCUAUCUUUAAAUAUCAGCUUAAAACACAUCUUUUCUCAGCACAUUAUCUGUCUAUUACUGAAUUAUGUUUUAUUUCCCACAUUGUAAUUCAAACUGUAACUUCUGUUGAAAUGUAUAUUAAUGUACUUUGUCCUGUUAAAUGUUUAUGGCGUGUAAAGUGUCCUUGAGCUUGUGGAAAGGUGCUAUAUAAAUAAAACGUAUUAUUAUUAGACAGAAACGGGGAAGAACCUCACGCUCAGUCUGCUAUAUGUGUAGUCAGUAUUGUUUAGAAUUUGGAUUUCUCAGAUGUAUGGAGAGAAUGUAAUCCUUUAAUGUAGCAGUAUACAUGGAUGAAAGUUUGCAAUGGAAGGGUCUCUGUUGUUUGAUUGGAUAGGUUUUUUUUAUAUAUAUAUAUGAAAUAGGGUUGUUAAUACAAUGAUCUUGCCUACAUUCCUUUCUGACCAUAAACUUAUUACAGCUGAUUUCACUCUUUUGAAAAGAGCCCGUAAGAGUUAUUACUGGCAUUUUAAUAUAAAACUGUUGGAAGAUAAACAAUUUUGGGAGUAUUUUCAAUUAUUUUGGGAGAUCUGAAAAAGUGAAAAAAGUAAUUAUGAAAAUAUUAUUCAGCGGUGGGAGAUUUUGAAAGUGC